ACUCCGGUUGUGGGCGGAGCCAGACGGUCCUAGGGGCAUCGGGACGCAGCCAAUCCUGGCUCGAGGACUGUGUUGGGGGGACUGGCUGAGGGUGUUCCGAACCCCCUUCCAUCCCCUUUUCUGGGCAUCCUAGGGGAUGACCCCGGUGCCAGGCCCAGCGCCGGCCGCUUGAUGCGGGGCGGGCCGAGCUGGGGGAUGCUGGAACCAAGGGCGUUGCUAUGGCAACGGGAGGCAGGGCCUGGGGGGGGGACCGGGCCCGGGCUGGGGCCGGGGGGGCCGGCGGUGGCUGUGGCGGGGCGAUGGCGGAGCGCGGCCCGGCCUUCUGCGGCCUCUACGACACCUCCUCGCUGCUGCAGUACUGCAACGAUGACAAUCUAUCCGGCACGAGCGGCAUGGAGGUGGACGACCGCGUGUCGGCGCUGGAGCAGCGGCUGCAGCUGCAGGAGGACGAGCUGGCGGUCCUGAAAGCGGCGCUGGCGGAUGCGCUGCGGCGCCUGCGGACGUGCGAGGAGCAGGGCGCCGUGCUGCGCACGCGGAGCACCCCGAAAGGCCGCGCGCCCCCGCGCCUGGGCACCACCGCCUCAGUGUGUCAGCUCUUGAAGGGCCUUCCCACCAGGACACCCCUCAAUGGAUCGGGCCCCCCGCGGCGUAUGGGCGGCUACGCCACGUCCCCUUCCUCCCCCAAGAAGGAGGCCACCUCUGGACGCAGUGGCCGCCGCUACCUGUCACCCGAGCGCCUGGCCUCAGUGCGCCGCGAGGACCCUCGUAGCCGCACCACGUCCUCCAGCAGCAAUUGUAGCGCCAAGAAGGAGGGCAAAACCAAAGAAGUUAUCUUCAGCAUGGAGGAGGGCUCUGUGAAGAUGUUCCUGAGGGGCCGCCCGGUACCCAUGCUGAUCCCUGACGAACUGGCACCCACCUACAGCCUGGACACGCGCUCUGAGCUGCCUCCCAACCGGCUCAAACUGGACUGGGUCUACGGCUACCGCGGCCGAGACUGCCGGGCCAACCUGUACCUGCUACCCACGGGGGAGAUAGUGUACUUCGUGGCCUCUGUGGCUGUGCUUUACAGCGUGGAAGAGCAGAGGCAGCGGCAUUACCUGGGACACAACGACGACAUCAAAUGCCUGGCAGUUCACCCAGAUAUGGUCACUAUUGCCACGGGCCAGGUGGCAGGUACCACCAAGGAGGGGAAGCCUCUGCCACCGCAUGUGCGCGUCUGGGACUCGGUUUCCCUUUCCACCUUGCACGUGCUGGGCCUGGGCGUGUUUGACAGGGCCGUGGCCUGUGUGGCCUUCUCCAAGUCUAACGGGGGCAAUCUGCUGUGUGCAGUGGACGACUCCAAUGACCACGUGCUGUCGGUGUGGGACUGGGCCAAGGAGAACAAGGUGGUGGACACCAAGUGCUCCAACGAAGCGGUGCUGCUGGCCACCUUUCACCCCACGGACCCAUCGCUGCUCAUCACCUGCGGGAAGUCCCACAUCUACUUCUGGAGCUUGGAAGGCAGCAGCCUGACCAAGAGGCAGGGCCUCUUCGAGAAACACGAGAAACCCAAGUAUGUGCUGUGUGUGACCUUCUUGGAGGGUGGCGACGUGGUCACCGGAGACUCGGGGGGCAACCUGUACGUCUGGGGGAAAGGUGGGAACCGCAUCACGCAGGCAGUGCUGGGCGCCCAUGAUGGCGGUGUGUUUGGGCUCUGCACCCUGCGGGACGGGACGCUGGUGUCCGGAGGGGGCCGUGACCGGCGAGUGGUGCUCUGGGGCUCAGACUACAGCAAACUGCAGGAGGUGGAGGUCCCUGAGGACUUUGGCCCUGUGCGCACUGUGGCCGAGGGCCGGGGAGACUUGUUGUAUGUGGGCACAACCCGCAACUCCAUCCUGCAGGGCUCUGUGCACACGGGCUUCUCACUGCUGGUCCAGGGCCAUGUGGAAGAGCUGUGGGGCCUGGCCACUCACCCGAACCAGGCGCAGUUUGUGACGUGUGGACAAGACAAGCUGGUGCACCUGUGGAGCGCAGAGUCCCACCAGCCCCUCUGGAGCAGGAACAUCGAGGACCCUGCUUGUUCUGCUGGCUUCCACCCCAGCGGCUCUGUCCUGGCCGUGGGCACAGUGACUGGCAGAUGGCUGCUGCUGGACACAGAGACCCACGACCUGGUGGCUAUCCACACCGAUGGCAAUGAGCAGAUCUCCGUGGUCAGCUUCUCCCCAGACGGGGCGUACCUGGCCGUGGGCUCCCACGACAACCUGGUGUACGUGUACACGGUGGACCAGGGCGGCCGCAAGGUCAGCCGCCUGGGCAAGUGCUCGGGUCACUCCAGCUUCAUCACCCACCUGGACUGGGCCCAGGACAGCAGCUGCUUCGUGACCAACUCCGGGGACUACGAGAUUCUGUACUGGGACCCCAGCACCUGUAAGCAGAUCACCAGUACCGAAUCUGUGCGGAAUGUGGAGUGGGCCUCGGCUACUUGUGUGCUGGGUUUUGGGGUAUUUGGGAUCUGGUCCGAGGGGGCGGACGGCACAGAUAUCAAUGCUGUGGCACGCUCCCACGAUGGGAAGCUUCUGAUUUCGGCCGAUGACUUUGGCAAGGUGCACCUGUUCAACUACCCCUGCUGCCAGCCUCGAGCCCUCAGCCAUAAAUAUGGUGGACACAGCAGCCACGUGACGAACGUGGCCUUUCUGUGGGAUGACAGCGUGGCCCUGACCACGGGGGGCAAGGACACCAGUGUGCUGCAGUGGCGGGUGGUCUAGAGUGACGGCGGUGGGGUGGUCCCAGGGACACGGGGCUGGGGCAGCUGGUGGGACUGGAGUUUUAUUUUCGGGAGAUGUCUAUUGCCGAGUAGAGUAAUAUAUACCCAGAGUGUGUCUAUAGCAGCGGGGGCCUGGGGCGGGAGGGCCGUGGACACAGUCUCUGUUUAUUGGGGUGGGGUGAGGGGUCACUUGCUUUAGAUGAGCCAUUGCUGUUGGUUUGGGGUGCUUUUAUUUUUAAGUUUAUUUUAUAUCAUUCAGAAAUAAAACAC